AUGAAAAUCGCUAUUGAAAAUAUUAAAACUAAAACUUUUCCUUUAGACUUGUGCGCAAUACAACUGCUAUUAAGCUGUACUUACACAAAUAGUUUAAAAAAGAAAGGGAAUGAGCUGGAAGACAACCCAGAUAAUUUGGUUCAUUUAUUAGAAAAGGUGUCGAUUAUUUUUGAUCAUAUUAAAAAAGGAUUUCCGUUUCAAGUUCAAAUUCUGUGCAGCAUUUUACCUGACAUUUUGAAUUAUUUUUUUACACCUGCUGAUAUUUUAACAAAGGUGUUGGGGGAAUUUUUAUCACAGCAACAGCCUCACCCUAAACUCUUAAGCAGCGUUGUUUUUAAAGUUUUUGAAAACUCUAUUAACCAGUCUCAAUUGCCGUUACUUCAAGAUUGGGUCGUCUUUAGCUUGUCAAAUUUCACCAACAGUUUUUCUAUGUCAAUGGCAACCUGGUAUCUUUCCUGUUUCUUUGUAAGUGCCAGUACGAAUCCUUGGUUGCGAUCCUUCUUCCCGUAUAUGCAGGCGAGGAUAGGACGUUUCGAGUAUGAGGACAGGAAAAUGUUAUGCAUAGCAGGUGCCGAUUUCUAUAAAAAUUUAACUAAUGACAAACAAAGACAAACAUUUAUCGAUAGUUUUGAUAAAGUUAAAGACCAAAUUGAUUCUCCGUUUAAUGAUUUGCUAUCUUCCGUUGAAUUGUAAAGUAAUAAUAAUGUCUGUAAAUAUGUAGCUGUUGGAGAGAUAACGUGAUAUAUUUUCAUAGUCCAUGUUAUAUUUUUUUAAUCCGGUAAAAUAAGAGUAACGUUAAAAGUUAAAAUUUUAA